AUGUCGCUCAACGCCAGCUGGACCUCGGCAGAUCCGUGUUCACAGCUAAUCAAACUAGCAAGCAGCGGGAAAAACCCGGGCAAGCUCCUCUCGAACCAAGUUUCGCCUAAGCUGGAUAUAGCCUGCAGGGUCGAGAUAACGAGUGGGGCCCGCGAAGCCAGCUCCCUCCUCCUGGCGGACCCCAGAGGUACAUUCCAGUGGGCCCUGGCCCGCCCGUCUGACGAGUCAGGCGAGGACGCGGCCUCGAUAAUCCUCAUCGCCAGUGAUUGCCUCAGUCGAUUCUUCGUUACCAUCUCCAUUCGAGUCCUCGUGGGCCCACAUUCCGCUGUUCUCGUCAAGAACAAAGGAAAAAUCGGGAAGUGUCUCCUUGGCUGCUUCCUUGAGAGACGAGACCACGUCAGACCACUUGUCCUCAGAGAACAUCUCCCCAGCAUUGCUCAUCAGGCGGACAAAAGCCGCAAUACCAAUACCGGCAAGGCUCUGAUGUGGACGUUUUAUGAAACUGACUAA